AUGCUAGACCAUAAUCAACUGGACGAAGUGUCAUCGGUUAAUUUUGAAGCUGCUACUCUGAGAAUUUCUAACAAAGAAGACAGUGAGAAAACGCGGGAGGGUUCAAACACCGAGGAAAUAAAAAAGGACUCUAGUGUCCUGAGCGUACCGUACAAAAACAUCGACGUCCAUACUUUUUUCUCCGACCGGGACGAAGUUGUGGAACGUGCGAUCAAAGAGAUCAGUCUCUGGGACACUGAAAAAGAGCGAGUGGUGUUGUUGACGAAAAACGCAUUGUACACAAUCAAGUAUGACUUUAUAUCACUGAAGUUGCUCGAGUUCAACAGAGUACCGAUGAUUGAGGUGGAUACAAUUACCUAUGGAGAAUUGGAGUACCCUAAAACUUCAAUUGCUCCGCGAUUGAACGGUCUUGCUGAAGGUGUGUCAUCGGUGAUACAUUGUGCAGUGCGUCAACAAUGGUCAUCUUUGGCUUCGAGUUCUGAAAUUAAAUUUGAACCUAGAAAAAGGAACACAUUUGGUGUAAAAAUAAUGUGGAACAAAGGCAAACCCUUGUCUUUAGACAAAAAAUGGAAUCCUUUUGCCAAACGUAUUCCCUGGGUAACAUAUACAAGUCAUCCUCUCUACUGGCAUAAAAGUAGUACAAGUGAAGAACAGAAGCGGUUUGACGUAGACGAUUUUCACGAUGCUUUGAUGACUCACUUCAAUAUGCAGUGCGAAUUUACCAAGAGUCAAAUAAUUAUUGAAAAUUACCUCGGCUUAGGCGCAAUUCUGCACAAUCGCAACUCUUUGGGAUUUUUCAGAGUGCGUGGGAAAGUCAGUUUCUAA